AUGGGAAUAAAAGUCAAGUUCAAUAACAAAUUCCUUAACGAUCUCGUUCAUGAUUGUAAUUCUGGAAUUGUACUUGAAGCCAACCGUACCAAAUAUGUGAACAUAUCACCGUUUCAAUUACAAAAUUUAACUGGAUUCAUUCGAGAAUAUUUGGAUUCACUGGUUGCAACUUAUGAUCCUGAAUUAUCGGGAAUCAUUCUGAGUCAUCAAAAGAUAAAGGUAAAUCCUGAGUUCAAUGUAGAAGGAGAUGGCACCAACAAGCUGCUCUACAUUGCCGAUAUCUACGUUUUCAGGCCUAAAAUUGGCAGCGUCCUUACUGGUGUAGUGAACCAGAAAAGUAAGGAUCACGUUGGCUGUCUGGUGCACCGGGUGUUCAACGUGACCAUUCCAAAACCGGACGGCGAUGAGGAAGAAGAAGAAGUGUGGAAUCGUACGUCGGUCGGACAAGAUGUCCGCUUCAGGGUGGUCGCUUUCGAUAUGACCUUGAAAAUACCAUCCAUUCAUGGACAAAUAUUAGACUCAUCAACUCGACAAUCAAGCAAUGCCUUGGAUGUGGAUCAUUGCUUGCAGGAGGCGUUGGGUAGUCAGAGUGAAUCGGUGACAAGUGAUGAAAGUGACAGUAAAAAUGACAAUCUAUCAAAUUCGAGUGGGGUUAAAUCACAAAAACCAAAUGUUGUGCAGGGAAUAGGUUCUGAAAAUAUAGAUAAUAAUAGGUUGAAUGAAAGUAGUUUAUGCAAAGCUAGUCUGAAUACUGAUAGAACGUCUCCAUCAUCCAGAAAAUGUGUUGAAGAUUCAAAAAAUAAGAGGAAUCACUCACUUUCAUUGUCACUCAGGGAAGCUAAGGUUGUAAAUACUGAAAUUGAUAGUGAUAAUUUUAUUCCUCCUUCACCCGUGAAACCGUUGAAAAGGUCAAUAAACGUUGAAAAGGUCUCGAAAGAUGUUGAUAGCGAGAAGAAUAAAGAAGGAACUAAUUUCUCCAACGAUGAAUUUGAGAAAACUGAGGAAGAGAAAAGUGCUUUCAAUGUUUCAACAUCCAAGAUAACUUUUAGAACCAGAAAAAACAAUCUAUGGAACAAUGAUGAGACGUUCGGCAAUGUUUCAAGUUUUUUAAAGAACUUGGAUUCUCCCCAGUCUUGUCUUCGACGGUCGGAGUCUCCCUCCAGCUCGAACAAUUCUCCCGCGACUAGUGACAAACACAACAGAUCGGUACGAUUUAGUUCUCAUGACAGUGUUCUAAGAUUCGAUGCAAAUACUAAAGGUUUAAGUAAUCACACCUCUGUAAGAAACAGCAUCACUCAAGAAGAAUCAAAAUCUCGAAAUUCGUCUGGGUCUCCUAAAAAAAUGGAAGUUCCUGAGAAAAAACUGUCAGAAACCAUCAAAUCACCUCCAAGAUCAGCUAGUCCAAAAAGGUUUUGA